AUGUUGCUCCGAGUAAAGAAGGGAAAAGCUGUCCAAGAAAGACUUAAAGCUGUUUUGGAUGAUCCGCUUUUCGAAGAACUACUUAAGGAACAGCCAAACUUUGUUAACAAACUCGAGAUUGUAGAAGGUGAUUCUAGCGAAGAUAACCUGGGUAUUGAUGAUAAGACCUGGGCGAGGCUGAGUGAUGAGGUCAACAUAAUUUUUCACGUUGCAGCGUCCGUAAAUUUUCGCGAAUCUCUUAAAAUAGCGACUUUCACCAACAUUAAAGGGACCAGAGAGAUUCUAAAAUUAGCUAAGGCUUGCAAGCAUUUAAAAUCGGUUGUCCACGUUUCUACAGCGUACUCCCACGCCACAAAGGAUCGUAUUAAAGGAGAUGUUAAAGAUGAUUUCUACCAGAGUCCAAUACCUCCUGAAACAAUGAUACAACUCGCUAAAAGUGUGGGUGACGAUAAACUUGAUGCCAUGAUCGAACCAUUUAUGGAUCAAUGGCCAAAUAGUUAUGCAAUCACAAAAGCAGUCGCUGAAGAGCUCGUCAGAGUCAUGGGAGAAGGCUUGCCUAUUUGCAUCGUUCGACCAGCAAUCGUGGUAUCUGCGUACAGGGAACCAAAGCUUGGAUGGGUUGACGUUAAAAAUGCGUAUGGACCAAGCGGGAUAAUACUUGGACUUGGACUAGGCGUUAUACGGACUUUAUUGGCUGACAACAUAAAAAUCGACUUUAUAUAUAUAGCAGGAAACCAACAGCCAAUUAUUUAUACAGUUAGUGGCAAAAGAAAUCCACUGACUUUCUGGGAACUUGUGGAUGUCGUGAAUAAUGAAGGAAGAGCUCUUAUACCAACAAAAGCAUUAUGGUAUUGUGGCGCAUUUAUUACCCCAUACAAGUUUCUGUACUUAAUACUAACACUGAUAUUACAUUACAUUCCUGCUGCUAUAAUUGAUGGAUGCUGUUUGUUGGUUGGACAAAAAGCAAGGUUAUUUAAGGUACACAAUUUGGUGCAAUCCCUUUCGUCGGCGUUAGCGUAUUUCACAAACAAUGAAUGGAACUUCCACGACGCGAACACUCUGAGUCUACACAACAAGUUAUCGGAAACUGACAAAGUAAUAUACAAUUGUGAUAUUUCAUCUGUAGACAUGAAGGAAUUCGUUUUAGUUUGGUGUUACGGAGUUGUAAAAUAUAUCGUAAAAGAAGACAUGGAGAACAGAAGUUACGCCUUAUGGAAGCAGUCGGUGUUGAGAAUAGUACAUUAUAUAGUACUCCCAUUGUACUUGUACGGGUUAUUUAAACUGACUAUUUGGUCCCGAUUUUGCAAGACCAAAUAA